CAGAAAACUGCAAAACCGUAAAGUGAUCAUCAUGGACAAACACAAAUUUGAAGAUGGCGACCCAAGUACGAAUCGAGCUUUUGUAAGUGAGUGAACUCUUUGUUGAAAGAGAUGAAAAGAUGCUUCAAAAAUAGAUCAAAAGUCACAAAGAAAAAAAAGUCAAAAGCGAAGCCAAAAAAAAAGUCAGCAAUUUGUGAAUUCAAAGUGCGAUGAAAAAAUUCAUCACAACCAAAUCGCGACCCAAAGAAGAAAACCAAGUCAAACAGCAAGAAGAAGAAGAACAAGAAGAGUCAGUGCAACACGAAGCCAAAGCUGGUGAAGAAGAAAAAGAAACUUCCGUCAGUGUCAUUGCUGGAUCAUCAUCAUCAUCAACGCCGUCGUUGGCGGUCACAGUCAUGACAUUGAAUUCACCCGCCAGUAAGCAGCAGCACCUGAUGGCUGGAGGUGGAUCCAUCUCCGGCGGAACGACGACGACGACGACAACGUUGCUGGAAGUUCCACCUGGGUCACCACAGCCGACGUCACCGCCAAACCAUCACCAUGGCGGCGGAAUUAUUACCAUCAGCAAGCCCAAGCCAACUGCGAUCGGUGGCAGCUCCUCGACCUCGACGGCCGCACAAGUCAAGAUGUGCGGUUAUCUUAAAAAGAAGAGAAAUAAGAUGGGCGGCUGGCGGAAGAUGUACUUCAUCCUGCAGAACCAACUGCUGCUCUCCUACUCAUCGAAAGACGACUACGAGAAGAAGCUCGCCCCCUUCAAGGACAUCAUCAACCUGGUCCCGGGGACGGUCAUCAUUCCGACCACCGGGCCCCGGUUCACCAUCGAGACCAACUCCAAAGUGCUGUACACGUUUCGCUGCGAUGAUCAUAAAAGUUGUUCCGAGUGGAUAACUGCAUUGCUCGACAGUCUCAAAGGUGACGGCGGCGGUGGCAGCGGCGAUAAAAAGUACAGCCACCUCUCCAAGGGCCUUCACGGGGGCAACCUGCACCACCAGCUGAGCCACCGAUCGCUCUCCUCGCUGUCGUCUUCGUCCUCGUCCGCUUCCUCGACCGCUUCCUGUUACGCCACGGACGAUCCCUCCAAGAUGGCCAUCACGUCGAUCCGGCGCCUGCAGCAGCAGCAGCAUCAGAACCUGCACUCCCGGCCCCUCGUCGACAACCGCCAGCUGGCCUCGCUUUCCGCACCGAACCUGUUCUACGGCUUUGCCAGCAACGGCAACAACGUCAAAAUUGGCAAACUGGUCCAGCUGCCCGUCGGAGUAGGAGCGGGAGGAGGUGAUAAGAAGUUCAAGAUACUGACCAUCAACGAGGUCGAGGACGACGGGGAAAACGAUGAAAAGCCAGCAACAGUUGCAGCACCAACAACAACAACAACAACAUCGCUAGAAGCAUCGCGUAGCAACGCUGCUCGCAGUAUCACCAGUAACGGCAUUCGAGGGGACAAACCCAAAGCCAACUACGACGAGCCAGACGGCAACGAGCAAAGCAAAACGGUGCCCGCCGUCGGCAGCGAACACGUGGCCAAGGGAGGAGAGACGAAGAAGCCAGAGGACAACAACAACAACAACAACAGCAACUUCCGCCUGCAUCCGACGAAUCUGGAGCAACUGCAUCAGUCCAGUGAGGUGUGUCGGAUCAACAGUAUGUUUGGCGGCGGUGGCGGCGGCUUGAAAAAACUGUCCGCGGCCAAACGGUUCCGGAAUGCGGCCCUCGGGUUGACCAACGGCGUCAACGAUGGGUUCAACCUGGCCGCAAGCACCGGCGAUUUGCGGCCAAUCAACGGCGCGGCCAUUGGGCCAGAUGGUGGCGGUGGUGCGGUGGCCGGCAACAAUAAUCGCGGAAUCACCGUCGGCAGUGGCAGUGUAACAGAUCUGCGAAAAUUGAGCGCCAAAACGAAGCCGGCGAAGGCGAUGAUGACGACGCUGGAGCCGAAACCGCUUACCGAUAUCAAUCACAACAAUCUGGCCAAGUGGAGCGCGGAAAGCAUCACCAUCGAGCUGACGGCAAAUGGGUUCCACCUUGCUGGGGCCGGCAAACUGAGUGCCGGAUCAACGGACACACUGUACAGGAAGGCCUCGUCGGCGUCCGAAAAGCCACCGAAAGGUCGCAGCCGCAGCAACAGCCACAACAAUCUGUCCUCUAGUCAGCCUCAGCAACUCCACACCAGCCGGACCAACCUGAACCGGUCACCGGCGGCUGCGGCGUCGUCCACCGUUGAAGGUCGCGCCGUUCCGUCCAAGCGGAGCAACGGUGGUGGCGGAGUGUAUGAGGAAAUCGCCGAACCGGUGGUGGCCAUUAGCGGCGAACCAAUUUACGCGGUCGUCGAUUUGAGUGCGAAAAAGGCACGCCGGUUGAACCAGCGCAACGGUGGCGGAGAGGACGAGCCCGACGGUCAGAUGAUCAAGGUGGACAUGGUGCGGGACAGUGAGACGGGGCGGCUCAAGGAAAAGUCCAAGAGUGCGAAUUUGGUGGUGGUGCCGAUUGGGGGAAGCUAUCCAGUUGGUAACAACGACUACGAAGAGUUGAACGAGCUGGCGCUGGCGGGAUUCGCCAAUUUUGGAGACGAUCAGGAAAACUCGAACGAUGGCGAGAAUAUUUACGAGCCGAUCAACAUCCCGGAAACCCCGCUAACAUCAUCCGCCUCACCCCUGCCUCAACCCGCCGCCGCCGCCACCUCAGGCGGCUCUUCCCAGAUGAACAACCUGUGGCGCAACCUCAAAAAGAUGAACAUUAACCAGCUGAUCAAGCGAAACUCCCCGUCCAAAGAAGACCCGCGACCUUCUCCCGUUCUCCCAAACAGCAGCCAACAGAACCAAAGAUACACCACCCAAGAGGACGAAGAAGAAGAGCCCGACGAGACGGAGCCGGAGGAAGAGGCCGCAAAAACGACGACGUUCAGCGAGCUGAGCAAAAAGUUUGGCCACCACCGGCGCUCGAUCAAGAACAAGAUGCGCGUGCUGGUGGACCGCGGAGGCCAACAACCGUCGCCGACCUGCUCGGACGCCACCACCGCCAGCAAGAUGAGCGCGUCGGACGAAAGGCUGCGCAAGGCGUCGGACAGCCGCGCCCUGUUUGCCACCUUUGGGCGGAACAAAAAGUCCCGCAAGUCGCUGUCGUUUGACGAUUUCAUCCCGCGGAAGAAGCACCAUCAUCAUUACGGUGGUGGCGUCGGAGUGCUGUGCAAAAGUGACAAAGUCAACAACGACAAGCUGCACAAGGAGCUGAAGCGGCAACUUUCGAAGCGGUCCGACAGCAGCAGUGGCGGUGGGAGCAGCAUCAAUGAGAACAAGAAUAGUAUAGAGUUGUAGUUGUAGUAGGCGUGUGUGUCUAUAACGUACUUUUGUUUUAGAUUUAGUUUUUAAUUCGCGCGUCCCUACUCUGGUAGCCAAGUGAAUAAAGUGGUUUUU